AUGAGUGAUAACUCUUCUUUUGAUGCUGAAACCUCCAGCAUCAAUAAUUCAGAUGAAGAAAUCUCCUCAACAGAGGUAUCUUCUAAUGAGCACGCUUCCAGCGAACAAUCUUUCAAUACCUCUAGGUCUAGUCACUCCGAAACCCAAUCAAAUCAAUCAGUUGAGGAAUAUUCUUCCAGCUCAGACCAAGAUGAGGACGAUGAAACGGCUUCCGAUAAUGAAGAAAGUUCUGUAACAGAUAGAGAAGAGAUCUUCACCUCCGAUGAUUGUUCAGAAAACUCUGGUCCAGAUGAUCCACCAUACUCGUUUAACUCUGAUACCCAAUCCGACUCAUCCGAAAGUGAUUCAGCUCCUCCUGAUACUAGCGAACAACACCAAAAAAAUAUAGUUCAAAAUCUACUCUCAACUGGCUACAAAGGUCCCCAUAUCUUAAAAAUUCUUCGGGAUGAACAUGGAAUACAGAUGUCUGCUAAAACUCUCAGUCGAAAACGAAAAGAAUGGGGACUCCGAUUAUGCGAUCUUGAACAAGCACCACCUCCCACGCCACUAUCCCCCAAGAUUCGAGCCUCACUAGUUUCCUCACACUCCAAAGGAAUGAAUCUAAAUGAGAUUCAGGCACAGCUAGCUAAUGAGACAAGUGUCAAUGUAUCCAUCCGUACCAUCAAGCGCUACUUAAAACAGCUUAACUUGAAACUUCUUCGAAACAAUGUAACUCAUGGUAAAAUUACUAUUCAGCAAGUACAUGAUGCUAUCCACGAUGCUCGAACUAGAAGGCUACAAAGUGAUGCUGGCUAUCGAAGGAUGAGAAUGAUCCUCAUGAGGGAAUAUGAUAUUCAAAUCCCACAACGGUUAGUCUACGAUGUUCUCAGGGAAAUCGAUCCAGAGGGUAUGGCCGCUCGACUACGAGGUGUAUGCAAACGUCAAAUAUAUCAAACAAAUGGACCCAACCACAUCUGGUCCAGUGAUGGACAUGAUAAGUUGAAGCGCUUUGGACUUACCAUAUACGGAUUUGUUGAUGCCUGGUCAAGAAAAAUUCUUGGGAUGUUUGUUCAUGUAACAAACAACGACCCUCGCCACAUUGCGGUGUACUUCCUUCAACUUGCAUCUAAGGCUGGUGGAAUCCCACUCCUACUCACAACCGACUGUGGUACCGAAACUGUUAAAAUGGCUAGGUGUAUGAUGGAAUUAACAUAUACUCACAUGGAAAUCUCACUGGAAGAUGCAGCAAAGCGAAUGCAUUACACCAAGUCAACACAUAAUCAAAAAAUCGAAUCCCUUUGGUCUCAGAUGAUGAAGCAGCACAACCGUGCAAUCAAACACGAUAUUCUAAGUCACAUUGAAGAUGGGAGUUAUGAUGACCAAGAUGAUGUUCAAAAGUGA